AGUGCCAGCAGCAGCAGGAAGAACUCAAGCAGCUAUCCAGCGCUCACGGCAACAUUUUAGCGUUUGAUGUGCAAACCUCUGCAGGAACCAGUAAGCAAAUAACCGCACACUCAUACAUACACACGUCAGCACAUACGUGCGUUGAAGUAGACAAAGUUAACCAAAUCAGCCAGAAGGUGCCCUAUGGCUGGGGCUGCCUUGGGAACGCCGCUACAAUCGAUGUCUUAUACAACAGGCUCCGUCAAAGCCUCGCUGCAGGAAAAUGAAAGCUUUGCUGAUGGCCCUAUACAUAAUGAGGACCCUCGUAUCGUUUGGUUGAAGACUAUCAUUGCCAACCAGCUGGGAGUGUUCAAGCCAGUUUACGUUAAUACAUUGAUAGCCAAAAAUAAGGAUGCUGUGGAUCAGUUUCUCAACAAGCGCUAUGAGCGGCAGGCACAUCUGGAUCGUGUUAUUAUGUACGUGUGGAGAACAUUCUACGACAGGCUCGUGGAGGAAGAGAUCACUGUGCUGGAGGAAGUGCCAAGGCCUUCGUUACCGGAUAAAAAAGAUAAGAAAAAGAAGGGUAAAGGACGCAAAAAGGGCGGACAGGAGCCAGAACCCGUGGAUGUCGAGCCAGCCGAAGGUACUGAUCUAGAGACAGAGGCCGAGGGAGAGGCCGAAGGGGAGGAGGAAGCCGCUGCUAUCAAUAGCGCCAAGAGCUCAGCACGCUCCAGACGCACACGUCGCAAAACCAAGAAAAAAAGCUAUGUUCCAGUCUACAUUGAAGUUAAGAAAAUUGUUCCCGCUUAUAUAAAAACUCCAAUUCUUCAUUGUCACUUUGGCGAAAUGGAAUCUCACAACUUCGACCCCAAAACAAGAUAUGUCUAUAUAAUGCGCAAGAAUGCCAGAGAAAUACCCUGGUUCAAAGAGAUAUCGCAGUGCUUUGCCGAAAUGCCAUUAUUAUUUCUAUUGGGCUCCAUUCGUGGCAACCUCAUCGACGCACUGCGACACGAAUUAAAGAUGGUUUACAAUAGCGCCUUUCGUUUUCAAUUUCGCGAACCGGACACCACGGAUACCCAGCAAAAGGAGAGUAAUGAAGCCCAGAGGGAGGGUGGAGGCGCUGGCGGUGGCAGCGUUGGUGAUGCUGGCGCUGGCGAGAAUGUUUCCAGUGAGCCCAAGGAAUCGGGGCCGGGUCUAUUGGAGCUUUCCAAACCAUCGGAAUUUCGUUUGAAAGCGCUUAAACAACAAAAAAAGCAAAAAGCACUGGAAGCAGAAGCGAAGAAACUGGCUCAGGCCAAGUUAGCUGCAGGCAAGGGUGAUGCAGAUGAUGAAGAAGAAGAUCAACCUGUAACCAUAGAGCUGCCAUCAUCGUCUGAGGAGGAGGUGCAACAGAAAACUGAAAAACUGACCAUUGCUGAGCGCUGGGAAAAUCUGUUAAAUGAGACCAAGGCUAAAGUAGUGGCGGAGCGUAUGGCUGAAGAGGCAACACCUCCUCGUAUUAAUCCAAUACUGCGUCGUUUGCUCAAGGAGAUUGAGGAGUUUGAUAGAGAAAUCGUUUGGACUAUCAAUCAUAUUGUUUGGGCCUUUAAUUUACCCUCGUCCUAUGUGCUGCCCGGUCAAGAAGAAACUGAGUUUGAAGAAGCGCUUAUACGUGUUCCUGUAGAUACAAAGAAAUUAGAAUUGGUUCCCACUUAUACACAAGGUCAGCUCGAGGAUGUGGUUGAUGGUUGGAUGACGUAUCUAAAUAAAACAAUGAAAGCCUUGAAGGAUGCCAAGCUAGACGAGUUCACUCCCAUGGCCGAAUAUCGCUACUGGCAUAAAAUGGAAAUCGAUCUGUAUGGCACACUGGAGCAGUUAAAAACUGAAUUUGUGAUGGCCGUACUUAACCGUCUAGCCAAUGAUGGAUCCAAAAAGCUUAUCGAUUGGAAUAGAGUUCUGGCGAAAACAGAGGAACGAUUCAAAUUGGCAAAAGAGAAUUCGGAUUACCUUGGCACCGUAACAGACUACUUGGAGAAAAUACAAAACUAUGACAGCAUGAAAAUGGCCAUAAUGCAGAUACCAAAUGUAAUGGUCGGCUUACGCCACAUCUGGACUAUGUCUAGCUACUAUUGCCGCGAUCCCGAAAUGCAAGUGCUACUCUGUGAAAUAUCGAAUGUGUUUGUGCAGAAGGUGAAGAAAAUAAUUAAUUUUGACAAUAUAUUUCGCUAUUCUGCAUCCUAUACAUAUGAGACUGCCAACAACUGUGCAAACAUUUUGCGCUGCUGGAAGGAGGCCUACAAAGUAAGCCGCCAGCACAUUGAAGAAUCCGGUGCCGGUUCCCGUUGGGAGUUCGAUCGUGUAGCACUAUUCAAUGAGGUCAAUCAUAUAUAUCAAGUGGCUGUGGAUAUUGCAUAUGUGGGGCGGGUGUUUAUACAGUAUGAAAACUUGUUUGGACGCAAUCUUAAGGCACUGAUAACUGAUCCCGCUAUUGUGGAUAAUCUUAUGCGAAAAAUCUAUCGCUUGCUAGAUGAUCUGAUUCGAAGCGUCGAUUAUGAUAUGUUCCUGCCCAGCAAUUGGGAGAACUGGGAGUACUCGCUGGAGCAGUUUAAUAAACGUCUCGAAAGUCUCGAAAUUGAUGCCAAAGCGGUUAUAGAUCAGAGCAUUAACUCGUUACUAUCUGCCCAGAAAGGUAUCAAGCUGCUAGUCAAUGCAAACACCAUUGACACGCGACAGGUUCUACAGCAAUUCGUUUCCACGAAACAUGAGAAUCUACUACGGUUUUUUGUGAGCGAGAUUAAUAACGUGGAAACAGUGUUCACAAAAUUUAAGAAAACACCACCAAUGCCGAAAUUACAGCCCGCUAAAAUUAGCGCCAUCUGUUGGGCACGUUUGUUGGGCAGGAAGCUCAAGAACUCUGUCUUGGCAUUCAAGACCGUCGAAGACGAUCCGGCAAUGAAGAAUAGCUUUCUAAAGCGUAGCGCAUUUAAGCAAUACUUUGAGCUGAUGACAGUUAUGUUCCAGUUCGAAAAGAUACUUUUUGAGAAAUUCAUACAGAACUCCACUUUUAUAGUAAAUCAUACCAACCGAUCCAACAUACUGAGUAUAGAAAUAUGCGUUGAUGAAACUCUCAAUUAUAUAUCGGAAGCGACACAAACACUUAAGUCCAAGAGCCGAGCAAAUUCUAUAUUGCAAAUGCAUUCUUCACAAUAUGGCGGUAGUAUGAGUUUAAUGGAUGUCAACUCUGACGGUAGUGGAGAAGGAUCCAUCAGUUUCUAUGAGGAAGAGGAUGAUGACAACUCGCAGACCGCAGUAGACGCUGCUCAAAUAGGUGUCAUGUGCAAAAUUAAUCGGUUCACGGUACUCACAGCGAUGAUCAUGUGGAUGGUGGGCAAGACGCGUCAUGCGAAUCUGCAGCUAGCUAAGGCAAAUGCCUUUUUAGCUGCCAUGAAAGAGCGAAAGCCAAAGGACAUCACUCCUCGUGAUCGAGAAUGCAUGCAGACAUGUAACUUGCUUCUUCAUGCGGAAUCGCAACACAUGUUGCCUGUGUGGCGGGAGCUAGUUGGAGAUAAGGUUCUAAUCGAGUACGAUAUGCAGUUUGUUGUCAACUUAAAUCGUGAGGUGUUUGACACAAUGUUCGAGGGACAGCUUUUUGAGCAACUGGGCUUUACGUUACCUACAGCAUUACGUACUUCGAUCAUGAGAAAAGACAUUCUCUUCAAGGACUAUGAGAAGCUAUCUGAGGUUAUUAAUCGGUACAAUGCGAUUAUUAGCAACCUAUCAAUGUCCGAGGUGGUGUUUUUACGAGAGCACAUCUACGACACGGAGCUGUUUAUACAAAUGGGUGUGGGGCGCUUCAACUGGAUAUCGUUCAAUAUUAUCAAAUUUUGUGACCAGAUCAACUCACAACUGCGCAAAUUGACCUCGAUAGUGUCGCAAAUAAAUUUUAUUCGUCGGGACCUACGCAACCGUAUCGAUGAAAUCCAAAAAUAUAAUCUGUUUAAUCUAGAUUCAGAAAUAGCUCGACUGAAAGAUACAAUCACAAGUGUAGUGCCUGAACAAAGCUUUACAGGAUCCAUAAAAAACUCUAUGGCACACACCUUCAAGUCAAUGACAGGCGAAACAAUUACAAUGCUGCAAGCCGAUGAUAAUCAUGAUGAGCAGAAAGUUAUUCAAGACCUGACUUGUGGCACGGGAGUUUACGCCUGCCAAGGCUAUUUUGAGCUUCUGGAGGCAUCCCGUAAUCAGAAAGCGGCACAAAUGAAAAAGCUAUACGAUUCCCUGGGACCAGUUUUAAUAAAACUAGAAAGCUUAGUGUUGGGCACAUUCACUGGCCGGUCGGAAAAAAUGCGCAAUUACUACGAAUUUUGGGAGGAAGAGACUUUCAAGUGUAUUGUUGAUAUGACAUUUGAAAAUUUAAAAUGCUACAUUAAUCGACUGCUAUCGAAUGAGCCCAUGUUUGAGGUGAAUGCUGUGCUGCUCAUGUCUGAAAUUGUAUUGGAGCCGUCCGCCAAUGAACUGCAGAGCAUCAUAAUAACUGCAGCCAAGGAUUAUCUGACGCGAAUUAAAAUAUUCACACGCUGGAUGUCCGGCACUUGUAUCAACUGUCCGCUACUUGAUGCAGGCACCCAGUGGAAAUAUAACUAUACAUUCUUCGAGGAUGUAAUGAGCAUCAAUGAUGUGGUGAAUCUUGUUAUAAAUAUACACGAUUUAGCUGCAAAAAUUGUGAACGAAGCCAAGUCCUUUGUGUCGCAAUUUCGCAAGUACUUUAAUCUAUGGGCCUUUGAGAAGGAUAUCAUAUGCCAAAAGUUUGUGGAACGUCAGGUUACGCUCGUCGAAAUCGAUGAAAAAUUUACAUUUUACUCGACCAUCGUAGAAACCUUGGAUCAAAUGCGCCAGUACCAUGAUGUCAGAUGUGUACGCAUAAAUUUGAGACCAUUGCUGGAAAGCAUCAAGCAACAUGCCCAGGAAUGGUGCACCAUAUUGGGCGAGGAGUUGUUGCAGCAUGUCAUCGACAAUAUGAGGGCCAUGCGAAACGAAAUCAAAUUGCUGAGUUUGAAUCUUAACAAGACCACACGAGAGCUAGAGGACUUUAAGCUGGUCAUGCAAACAAUCGCCACAAUUCAGUCAACAACGUUGACAAAUGAACAGAAAAUACAUGAGAUGCAGGAGACCUUUACAGUGCUAAGUGAACACCAAAUUACGUUUAUGUACGAAGACAUGCUGAUGGUCCAUCAUCUGGAGAAACGCUGGAAGCGUCUAUUUUUAUCGGCAUUGUAUCGCUCGGAGAAGCUGCAACCAAUUAAGCAAAAAUUCGCAGAGUUGACUACCGGAGAAAUCGAAAUUUUCUGGGACGAUCUGGAAGAUUUUAUCAAGGAUUGGGAUGAGAACGGACCUGGCUCCCAUGGCCCUGAUCUGGAACGCGGCGUCCGUUUGAUGGAUCAAUAUAGCCAAAAAAUAAACGAGCGAGAGCUAAGACGCCAAGAGCUGGCUAAUGCGGAACGUCUAUUCGAUAUGCCAAUGGUGGACUACCAUGAAUUUUCUCGCGUGCAAGCUGAAUUCGAGGGAUUACAAACAAUCUUCAAGCUGUACAGAGCCCAAAAGAAUAGUCGUGAAAUCUGGGGCAAAACAUUGUGGGUUGAUUUAGAUCCAAAUUUCCUGACUGAGGGUGUUGAAAGCUAUCUGAAGGAAUUCCGUAAAAUGCCUAAGGCGGUGCGUAUGUUGCCCACUGGCCAGCAACUGGAAACGCACAUGAAACAGUUCAAGGCCACAGUCCCGUUGAUGGUCAGCCUCAAGCAUGAGGCGCUGCGUGAACGCCAUUGGCUACAGCUGAUGGAAAAGACGAAUCAGUUUUUUGAUAUGUCACCCAGCCGCUUCACAUUGGACAAUAUGUUCGCAAUGCAGUUACAUAAGUAUCAGGAAAUCGCCGAGCAGAUCCUCACUAAUGCUAUCAAGGAAUUGCAAAUUGAGCGUGGCGUUCGCGCCGUGGAGGAAACAUGGGGUUCAAUGUCCUUUAAGGUAAACAAACAUUUCAAGGGCACAGAAGACCGCGGUUGGAUAUUGGGACCAGUCGAUGAGAUAAUGCAAGUCCUUGAAGAUAAUGCCAUGAACUUACAGUCAAUGGGAGCGAGUCAAUUCAUUGGUCCAUUUCUGGAAACUGUCAACCGAUGGGAACGGGCACUCGCGCAUGUUUCAGAAAUCAUCGAGGAAUGGCUGAUUGUACAACGAAAGUGGCUGUACUUGGAGGGAAUUUUUAUUGGAGGCGACAUACGCACACAACUGCCGGAGGAGGCGCGUAAAUUCGACGACAUUGACAAGUCGUAUCGCAGGAUCAUGGUCGAUUGUGCCAAAAAUCCGUUAGUGGUGCCAUUUUGUGCAGUGCCCGGACGUUUAUUGGAUAUACAGAGUCUAGGAGUUGGCUUGGAAAAUUGUCAGAAGUCGUUAAACGAAUAUUUGGACUCAAAGCGUCGCAUUUUCCCGCGUUUCUAUUUCAUAUCCACCGAUGAGCUGCUCUCGAUUUUGGGCAGUAGCGAGCCAUCUGCAGUGCAGAACCACAUCAUUAAGAUGUACGACAAUAUCAAGUCGCUGCGCCUGGUCAAGGAGGGCGGUCACACAGUUGUUACCGCCAUGAUAUCCAGUGAGGGCGAGGUCCUGGAGUUUCGCCAUUUCAUCCGGGCCCAUGGUCGUGUGGAGCAUUGGAUGAACGAUGUGCUGGAUGAAAUGCGUAUCGCGAAUCGAUAUGUAACCAAGACGUGCAUCUACGACUUUGGUACCGAUCUGGUUAUUUCAAGGCCGGACUGGUUAAUGAACUACCAAGGCAUGGUGGGCUUGGCGGCCAGCCAAGUCUGGUGGACGGCAGAAGUGGAGGAGGCUUUCGAUCAGGCCCAAAACCAUGGCAACAUGCGCGCAAUGAAGGACUUCCUCAUGAAGAGUAAUUAUCAAAUUGAGGAGCUGGUACUGAAAGUGCGCUCAAAUCUUUCGCGGAACGAUCGCCUAAAGUUUAAGGCGAUAUGUACUAUUGAUGUGCACGCUCGCGAUAUUAUAGAUAACUUCGUGCGCGAUAAUGUGCUGGAUGCCAGUGAGUUCAGCUGGGAAAGUCAGCUACGUUUCUACUGGGUCAAAUUCUACGACAACCUGCUUGUGUUGCAGUGCUCGGGCAGUUUCGACUUCGGCUACGAGUACAUGGGUCUUAAUGGACGUCUGGUGAUCACGCCAUUAACAGAUCGAAUCUAUCUAACCAUUACCCAGGCACUUCUAAUGAAUCUCGGCGGUGCACCAGCCGGUCCCGCUGGCACAGGUAAAACGGAGACUGUCAAGGAUCUUGCCAAAGCCAUGGGACUGCUCUGUGUGGUCACCAAUUGCGGUGAGGGAAUGGAUUUCAGGGCUGUUGGCACCAUCUUAUCUGGUCUAGUGCAAUGCGGUGCAUGGGGCUGCUUCGAUGAGUUCAAUCGCAUUGACAUAUCGGUGCUCAGUGUAAUCUCUACACAGCUACAGACUAUACGCAAUGGAUUAAUACGAAAGCUCAAGCGUUUUGUGUUUGAAGGUGUUGAAAUAAGUUUAGAUCCCAAGUGCGGCGUCUUUGUAACCAUGAAUCCAGGUUAUGCAGGCCGCACUGAAUUGCCCGAAUCGGUGAAAGCUUUGUUCCGACCUGUAACCUGCAUCAAACCUGAUUUGGAGCUCAUUUGCCUGAUUUCACUGUUUUCCGAUGGCUUCCUUACGGCCAAAGUGUUGGCCAAAAAGAUGACAGUGCUGUACUCGUUGGCUCAGGAACAGCUCUCCAAGCAGUGCCAUUACGAUUGGGGCUUGCGUUCGCUGAACUCUGUGCUGCGCAUGGCUGGUGUCAUGAAGCGUCAAUCAGAGGACUUACCAGAAGCUGUUGUACUGAUGCGCGUCCUGCGGGACAUGAACUUUCCCAAAUUCGUAUUCGAAGAUGUCCCUCUCUUUUUGGGUCUUAUCAAGGAUUUGUUUCCAGGCAUCGAUUGUCCACGUAUUGGCUACCCAGACUUCAAUGCGGCUACUCGAAAUGUCCUUGUCAACGAUGGCUACAUACUGCUGCCUGAUCAGGAAGACAAAGUGGUGCAAAUGUACGAAACCAUGAUGACCCGACACUCGACCAUGCUUGUAGGUCCAACAGGUGGUGGCAAAACUGUCGUCAUAAAUGCUCUGAUCAAAGCGCAAAUCUACAUGGGCCUGCCCACCAAGUGCCUUGUGCUUAACCCUAAGGCUUGCUCGGUAAUUGAAUUGUAUGGUUAUUUGGAUAUGGAGACAAGAGAUUGGAUUGAUGGAUUAUUUUCAAAUAUAUUCCGUGAAAUGAAUAAGCCAAUAGAGCGUGAGGAGCGCCGGUAUGCUUGCUUUGAUGGUGACGUGGAUGCACUUUGGAUUGAGAACAUGAACUCUGUUAUGGAUGAUAACAAGCUGUUGACAUUAGCGAACGGCGAACGAAUACGCCUGGAGAACUAUUGUGCGCUGCUUUUUGAAGUCGGUAAUUUGUUUUAUGCCUCUCCGGCUACUGUGUCCCGGGCUGGCAUGGUAUAUGUAGAUCCCAAGAAUCUUCGGUUUAGUCCAUUUUGGCAACGUUGGGUAUUGACUCGACCAGAGCCGCAACGGGAGUUGCUUAACGACUUUUUCGAAAAGUUAAUUGUAAAUGCCAUAGCGUUCAUAUUAGAAGGUCUGGACGGAACCACACAAGGCAGUCCGCUCAAGCUAGUUAUCAUGCAAACCGACCUCAAUAUGGUCACACAGUUUUGCAACUUGUAUGACGCACUGCUACCGGUAUAUGGACCGUCUGAUAAUAAAAAUUCGGAUGAGCCUGUGCUCAAAGUCUACAAUACAGAUACUUUGGAAUGCUGCUUCAUACAGGCUAUCUAUGGAUCUUUGGGCGCCUGUCUACUUGAAAAGCAUCAGCUCAUAUUCGAUGAGUUUAUGAAACGCAUUGCCGGAUUUCCUCUAGUGGAAGACACACAGGCAUCGCCUGCCGGUGGCGGACAACUGCCACAGGGCAAGCCCACGAUCUAUGAUUACUACUGGGAUCUGAAGGAGAACUGCUGGAUAGCUUGGGAAUGGGUUGUUAAGUCAUACGAGCAUGACCCAUCCGUCAAGUUUAGUGAAAUUCUCGUUCCGACUGUGGAUAAUACACGUACGAAUCGACUGCUGGCACUCAUGAGUGAUAUUAGACGACCCGUUUUAUUGGUGGGCGAAGCUGGCACAUCGAAGACGGCUACUAUCAUGCAAUAUUUGCGCAAUCUGAAUCCUAAUAUCAAUGUCAUUCUCAAUAUUAAUUUUUCAUCGCGAACUUCAUCUCUGGACGUGCAACGUACGUUAGAGGCAGCUGUCGAGAAACGUACUAAGGAUACAUAUGGCCCACCGAUGGGCAAGAAAAUUGCCUGCUUUAUUGAUGACAUGAACAUGCCGCAGGUGGAUGAUUACGGCACUCAGCAGCCGAUUGCGCUGCUGAAGUUGUUCUUCGAGAGAGGUGGCAUGUAUGAUCGGGACAAGGAUCUCAACUGGAAAAAGUUUAAGGACAUGACAUUCUAUGCUGCUAUGGGCACCGCUGGCGGAGGUCGAAACGAAGUUGAUCCGCGCUUUAUCAGCAUGUUUUCCACAUACAACAUCUUAUUCCCUAAUGAUGAGUCACUCAUACAGAUCUAUUCAUCUAUAUUUAAAGGGCAUUUAAGAUUUGUCAAAUUCCAUGACCGCUUUAUAAUAGUUGCCGAUAUUAUUGUAAUUAUGACGCUCAAGCUAUUUAAGAUGGUCAUCGUGGAUCUGCCGCCGACGCCCUCAAAGUUCCAUUACAUAUUUAACUUAAAAGAUCUGUCGCGUAUAUUCGCGGGCAUGCUUUUAAUUCAGCCCACGUUUUUUAAGGAUCUACGCGAGCUGUUACGAGUCUGGCGUAAUGAAUUUACCAGAAUAAUAUGUGAUCGACUCAUUUCUCAAACUGAUAUAACAAAUGUAAAUCGGAAUCUGGUCGCUGAGGUGCAGGAACGCUUUCCACCAGAGUUCGAGGAAAUGCAUGGUUUCAUAGACGUGGAGGAGGCAGCUGCAGAAGCACAGGCACGACUACUAUUCGAACCGGAGCCAACAGGAGCGGGAGAUGAAGAAGAAGAAGAGGAGGAUGAAGGUGAUGAGGAACAGAAUUUAAUUCUAUCGCUCAAGGAUUAUGUGCUCCGCGAUCCGCUGGUCUUUGGCGAUUUCCGCAAUUUCACCAAUGAAUCUGAGCCGCGCAACUAUGAGGAUCUCAUAGAUUAUAAAGCAGUCUUUAGUUUAUUUACCGAGAUCUUACAGGAGUAUUGCGAACGGAAACAAAAAAUGACGCUAGUCUUAUUCGAGGAUUGCCUGGAGCAUUUAACGAGAGUGCAUCGCACCUUGCGCAUGAAUCGCGGCCAUGUUCUGCUCAUUGGAGUCGGCGGUUGCGGUAAGAAGUGUGUCACUCGUCUUGCCUCCUUUGCGGCCGAGUGUGAGAUUUUCGAAAUUACUAUAUCCCGUGGCUACAACGAAUCAUCUUUCCGCGAAGACCUCAAAGUAUUGUAUAACAUAGCUGGAGUUAAGCGCAAGAAAGUUGUGUUCCUGUUCACAGCCGCGCAGAUAGCGGAGGAAGGGUUCUUGGAGCUGAUCAAUAACAUUCUCACAGUUGGCCAAGUGCCUGCCUUGUUUGCAGAUGAGGAUAAAGACUCAAUUGUCAAUCAAGUGCGAAAAUUUGCCGAGGAGGAAGGCCUUUCUGCAUCCAAGGAUUCAGUUUGGGCAUACUUUUUGCGCUGUUGUGGCGAGAAUCUACAUGUGGUGCUAUGUAUGUCGCCGGCUGGUGAUGCCCUACGCAACCGUUGCCGCAGCUUCCCCGGUCUGAUUGGCAGCACAUACAUAGAUUGGGUAUUUCCGUGGCCCAAGCAGGCGCUCUAUGCGGUUGCCAAGCUCUUCCUCACCGAGCACGCCCUUAUUCCAGUACUUCAUCGAGAGGCGAUCAUUGAGCACGUAGUUCAUGUCCACAUGACCAUUCAAGAUUAUUCCAAGGACUACCUAACCAAGCUGAGGCGCAGCAAUUUUGUUACGCCGAAACAUUACUUGGACUACAUAAACACCUAUCUUGGACUACUCGAGGAGAAAUAUAAGCACAUCAUGCAACAGCGCGAGCGACUUGGGGAAGGUAUCAAGAAAAUCGAAGAAGCUUCCGUGCAAAUCGACGAGCUGCGUAUUAUAGUGACAGAACAAAAGAAAAAUGUGGCAAUUGCAGCAGAGGAGUGCGAGGCCAUGUUGGUGACCAUAGAGUCCUCCACGCAGAAAGCAAACACAAAAAAAGCCGAAGCAUCUGAAAAGUCCGUAGAAGUGGAAAUUAAGGGAAAGCAAAUUACCAUUGAAAAAGAUGAGGCUGAGAUUAUUUUGGCUGAAGCAAUGCCAGCAGUAGAAGAAGCACGUCGGGCGCUAUCUGAACUCGAAAAAUCGCAGAUCACUGAGAUUCGAUCCUUUGCGACGCCACCGCCAGCCGUGCAAGUUGUGUGCGAGUGUGUGGCCAUAUUAAAGGGGAUUAAGGAGAUCAGCUGGAAGAGCGCUAAGGGUAUGAUGAGUGAUGUGAACUUCCUCAAGAGCUUAAUGGAAAUGGAUUGCGAGGCCUUAACUCAAAAGCAAAUUAGCUCCUGUCGCACCCACAUGAAAACUCAAAAUUUAGAUGAUAUGGGCAAGAUUUCCGUAGCCGGUGCUGGGUUGUUGAAAUUCGUGAAAGCUGUGCUCGGGUUCUUUGACGUAUAUCGCGAAGUAAAACCGAAAAAGGAGCGUCUCGAAUUUUUGGUUGAAGAACAGGACGUGCAAAUAAAACUUCUGAAUCAUUUGAAUUCGGAAAUACAAAAGCUGGAAGAGAAAUUGGAUGAGCUCAAUCAGAACUAUGCCACCUCCAUGAGGCAAAUGCGAGCAUUGACUGAAAUGAUGCAGCAGGCCGAACGCCGUUUGCUUGCAUCUGAUAAACUAAUCAGUGGCCUUUCUUCGGAGUUAAUACGCUGGAGUGCCGAAAUGGCCAGCCUGGGCCAACAGUUGAUCGACAGCGUUGGCGCCUGCCUUAUUAGUGCUUCGUUUCUGGCUUACACUGGUGCCUUCACUUGGGAGUUCCGCAAGACAAUGGUGUUUGAUGACUGGCUUGAGGAUUUAGUUGCGUUGGGUAUACCAGUAAAACUUCCCUUAAAAAUUGACGGUUAUUUAACCACCGAUGUGGAAAUCGCGCAAUGGUCUAACGAGGGCCUGCCGCCCGAUGAACUUUCCAUUCAAAACGGCAUCCUAACAAUGCGCGCUUCGCGUUUCCCACUCUGCAUAGAUCCUCAGCUGCAGGCGCUUCAAUGGAUACGGAAGAAGGAAAUGCGUAAUAAUCUCAAAGUACUGUCUUUUAGCGACUCGGAUUUCCUGAAACAGCUGGAAAUGGCUAUAAUGUAUGGCAUUCCAGUCUUAUUCGAAGACGUAGACGACUACAUUGAUCCCGUCAUUGAUGAUGUUCUGCAGAAGAACAUUCGGGUACAGGGAGGUCGUAAGUUCACAAUGUUGGGCGAUAAAGAGGUUGACUGGGAUCAAAAAUUCCGACUCUAUUUGACCACAAAGUUUUCGAAUCCCAAAUUUGAUCCCGCUGUUUACGCCAAGGCUUUAGUUAUCAACUACACAGUCACGCAAACGGGUCUGGAAGAUCAGUUGUUAAGCGUUGUGGUCGGCACCGAACGGCCAGAUCUGGAGCAGCAGCGGUCUGAUUUGAUUGCACAAACAAGCGAAAAUAAACAGCUACUCCAGCAGCUCGAAGAUUCGCUCUUGCGUGAGCUGGCCACAUCAACGGGCAACAUGUUGGACAACGUCGAGCUGGUGGAGACUCUGGAAAACACCAAAUCCAAGGCAGGCCUUGUCAUGGAGCAACUUAAGUUAGCCAGCGACACUGCUGCCGAUAUUGAGAUACUACGUAAUGGUUAUCGAGCGGCCGCCAAGCGCGGGGCGGUACUCUUCUUUGCGCUCGCAGACAUGGCCACAGUAAACAGCAUGUAUCAGUAUGCGUUGGCUGCAUAUCUUGACGUAUUCGUGUACUCCUUGCGCAAGGCUGUACCGGACACAGUGCUGGCCAAGCGUCUGAACAAUAUCAUUAAGACCUUAACCGAAAAUGUGUAUUGCUAUGGAUGCACGGGCAUCUUUGAGCGGCACAAGCUGCUCUUCUCAUUCCAGAUCGCCACAAAACUGGCGCAACGUGAUGGAGUCCUGUCACAACAAGAAAUUGAUUUCUUCAUCAAAGGUAGCAUUGCGUUGACAAAAAGCGAACGUAGUAAUCCUGCCAAAUGGCUGCCCGAAAAAUGCUGGGAGGAUAUCCUUAAAUUGGCUUUCGAUUUUUCAGCAGCAUUUGGCACUUUACCUGAUCAUUUUGGAACGAAUUUGGAAGAGUGGAAAUACUGGUACGACUUGGAGAACCCCGAGGAGGUGGAAUGCCCUGGCGGUUACAACAUCAAAUGCAAUGCAUUCCAGAAAUUGCUGUUUCUGCGCUGCUUCCGUGUGGAUCGAAUUUUCCGUUGCAUAAAUCAAUAUAUUGUGGACACCAUGGAUGAAUUCUACAUUAUGCCGCCGGUUGUGAGCUUCUCCGCCGUCUAUGAGCAGACGACAUGUAUGAUUCCUGUUUGCUUUAUACUCAGUGCCGGCUCAGAUCCCACUAAUGAUCUAAUUAAGCUGGCUGAUAUCAUUCUUGGAGGUAUGGGCAAUUUCUGUCACAUUUCGCUAGGUCAGGGACAGGAGAAGGCUGCCAUGAAUUUGUUGGAUGGAGCGCUUAGACAGGGUCAAUGGCUGAUGUUGCAAAAUGGUCACUUAUUGGUCAAAUUUGUCCGUGAAUUAGAAAAGUUCCUAGAUAAGGUUGAGAAUCCGCAUCCAGACUUUAGGCUAUGGAUAACCACAGAUCCAACACCGACAUUCCCAAUUGGCAUAUUGCAAAAGUCUCUAAAGGUGGUCACUGAGCCGCCCAAUGGCUUGAAACUAAACUUGCGCUCAACAUUCAUUAAAGUACGACAGGAUCGUCUAGAGGCGUGCGUCCAUCGUGCUUAUCGUCCAUUAAUCUAUGUUCUGGCCUUCUUCCAUGGCGUUGUGCAAGAACGACGCAAAUACGAUAAGCUUGGCUGGAACAUAGCAUAUGAUUUCAACGACACAGACUUUGAAGUAUGUACGGAGAUCCUCCGUAACUAUUUGACCCGCUGCUCCGAAGAAAAGAUUCCGUGGAAUAGUCUCAAGUAUCUCAUCGGCGAGGUCAUGUACGGUGGCCGCGUCAUCGAUGAUUUCGAUAGACGUAUUACUAACUGCUAUAUGAAUGAAUAUAUGGGUGAUUUUCUGUUUGAUGUAUUCCAAUCGUUCCACUUCUACGAGGACGAGAACGUAGACUAUUGCCUGCCCGACGAGGAGACCGUGCUCAAAGAGGACUUCAUUGCCCACAUUGACAAACUGCCUCUGGUCAAUAAGCCGGAUGUAUUUGGUUUGCAUCCAAACGCGGAAAUCGGUUAUUACACAAUGGCCGCGCGCAACAUUUGGAACAGCCUGAUUGAGUUGCAGCCACAAACUGGUGAGGGUUCUGGCGGUAUCAGCCGGGAUGACUUCAUCGACCUUGUGGCUGCUGGAAUACUGAAAAAACUUCCGCCCGCCUUCGAAACGUGGCGCAUCCGAAAGCAAAUCCAAAUGAGUCUGUCACCCACCGGCGUAGUGCUGCUGCAGGAGCUGGAUCGGUUUAAUAUUCUGGUGGUGCGCAUCAAGAAGACGCUGGAGCUGUUGCGGAAGGCCAUCGCCGGCGAAAUCGGCAUGGACACUGUCCUGGACAACAUUGCCAACUCGCUAUUCAAUGGCCUGCUGCCAGCCGCAUGGAGCAAACUGGCGCCGGCCACAUGCAAGCAGUUAGCCAGCUGGCUGGAGCAUUUGAAGAAACGUGCCGUACAGUACAAGUAUUGGUCGAUUUCAGGCGAGCCGCUGGUCAUGUGGCUGUCUGGACUUCAUAUACCGCAGAGCUACCUCACGGCCCUUGUUCAGAUUGCCUGCCGCAGAAACAACUGGCCCCUGGAUCGUUCCACACUAUUUACCUAUGUGACCACAUACACGGAACCCGAUGACGUCGAGGAACGUCCAGCGACGGGCUGCUAUGUGCACGGUCUGUAUAUAGAGGGAGCUCGCUUUGACACACAGGCUGGUCAGCUGAAGCGUUCGCAUCCAAAAGUUCUGGUCGAGGAGUUGGCCAUUCUGGCCGUAGUGCCCAUUGAAGCGCACCGGCUCAAGCUACAGAAUACGUUCCUAGCUCCCGUAUACACCACAUCGCUGCGACGCAACGCCAUGGGCGUCGGUCUGGUAUUCGAAGCGAACUUAGCCACUUCUGAAGAUCUCAGCCACUGGAUACUGCAGGGAGUGUGUCUAACUCUGAAUACGGAUACAUAGAAACGACGAAGAUAUGUGUUAAAUGCGAUUUUUUAUCGUUUUGCCAGUAAAAUAGCAAAUAAAUG